AUGGGUAUUCCCACGUCUAGAGUAAGUUGUCCGUUACCGAACGUGUGCACUGUUGAUGUACAUCUGGAAGAAUCCAUUAGAAUUAUUGCUGUAUAUGCUCCAGAAAGUAAAUCAUGGAAAUGGUCGGAUAUGUCUGGCCUCAUCACAUCUCAUUGCGUCAUUAUGGGCGAUUUUAAUGUAGAUUUAGAAAAAGAUGGCGGCAAGGCGGAGUGUUUACUCGAAUGGAUGGACAGUUAUUCUCUUGUUCCGACUGUUCCAAAUACUAAUACAUCACUUCGAUCAAACAGAAUUAUAGAUUAUGCACUUUCAUCAGGAGUUGACAUGACGGUCCAAACAUAUGAAGGUGACACAACAAGUGAUCAUAAGCCUCUCCUGUGUGUGCUGGCAUGUGAAGGAAAAGAAAACAAGGAAGGUUGCAAAACAAUAUGGCCUAUCUUCUCUCUUUUUCUAACAUAUACGUUUGAUUUUUGGGAGAAACAAUGGAGUUACGGCCACUAUGACGAAACGUAUGAGCACUUUAUUACGUUUUUAUCGCUACUCACAGCUCGAUGCACGUCGUACUUUCCACUCAAAAAAGCUCGACCUGCGGUACCAUUAGAGCUUCGGUUACUUUUGGCUCAAAGCCGUACUCUUUCUUUUAAGGCAAAACGAAAAGGUGAUGUUGCUCUUCGUCGUGAGGCUCAGCGCCUAAGAAAUGUAGCGCGAUAUGAAUUGAAACGAUUCCAACAAGAUCAGCUGGCCAAACAACUGAAAGAACGUCACAUACCAGGUGAGGGUUCUACUUUAUUUUGGAGUAAAACAAAAAGGCAUUUUAGAACCACCUCGUCGGCUUUAAAAGGUUUAUUACUACCUAAUGGUGAAUCAACCAAAGAUCCUCAAACAAUGGUGAACAUGGCUGCUGACUACUAUGAACGUCUAUUUGCCGCUCCAGAAGUGAUUCGACCGCAUCCUUACGUCGAUGCUCCGGGAAUGCAAUGGGACAAUGUUCAUGAUCCGAUUCCAAACGUAACAUUAAAAUUUAAAAUUAAUUGGCUUGAUAAUAAACUCUGUUCCGGUUCUUUGCUUUGUUCCCGUUUUUAUGUGUUAUUUUAUUGUAAGUUUCAAUGUGCACUUCGUACUUUCCUUGAAAAUGAUUUAAUAAAAGUUGAAAAAAAUAAAAGAUUAAAUCAAUAA